AGGGCGGAAGUGGAAGGAGGGCGGGGGGAGGCGGCGCGGAGGCAGGCCCAGAAGCCCAGAGAGAAGCGCGGCUUCUCCGCCUCCCCCCCCGGAAGGCAUCCGCGCCCAUCCGCGCCCGGCUAGGCCUCUCCCCCUCGGCCUCCGGGUCAAAGGGGAAGCCGAGGGCCCGCUGCAACCGACGGCGCCUCCAUUGGCAGCCCAACAUGGCAGGAGCCGGUGGCGGCGGGAAUGACAUUCAGUGGUGUUUUUCUCAGGUGAAAGGGGCUGUGGAUGAUGAUGUAGCAGAAGCAGAUAUAAUAUCUACAGUAGAAUUUAAUCAUUCUGGAGAAUUGCUAGCUACAGGAGACAAAGGUGGUCGAGUUGUCAUCUUUCAACAAGAGCAGGAGAACAAAAUACAGUCUCACAGCAGAGGAGAAUAUAAUGUUUACAGUACCUUUCAAAGCCAUGAACCAGAGUUUGACUACUUGAAAAGUUUAGAAAUCGAAGAAAAGAUCAACAAAAUUAAGUGGUUGCCCCAGAAAAAUGCUGCUCAGUUUUUAUUGUCUACAAAUGACAAAACAAUAAAACUUUGGAAAAUUAGUGAAAGAGAUAAAAGGCCGGAAGGCUAUAACUUGAAGGAAGAAGAUGGCCGGUAUAGGGACCCCACGACAGUCACAACAUUACGGGUACCAGUAUUCAGGCCCAUGGAUCUCAUGGUGGAAGCCAGUCCACGAAGGAUAUUUGCCAAUGCCCACACAUAUCAUAUCAACUCUAUUUCCAUCAAUAGUGAUUACGAAACGUACCUGUCUGCAGAUGACUUGCGGAUUAACUUGUGGCACCUAGAAAUUACAGACAGAAGUUUUAAUAUUGUAGAUAUUAAGCCUGCAAACAUGGAAGAACUGACAGAGGUGAUAACGGCAGCAGAAUUCCAUCCAAACAGCUGCAACACAUUUGUCUACAGCAGUAGUAAGGGAACAAUCCGUCUCUGUGACAUGAGAGCGUCAGCCCUCUGUGAUAGGCAUUCAAAAUUGUUCGAAGAACCAGAGGAUCCCAGUAACCGGUCGUUUUUCUCUGAAAUCAUCUCCUCCAUUUCUGAUGUGAAAUUCAGCCAUAGUGGCCGAUACAUGAUGACUAGAGAUUACCUGUCUGUGAAAAUUUGGGAUUUAAAUAUGGAAAACAGACCUGUGGAGACAUACCAGGUGCACGAAUACCUCAGAAGUAAACUUUGUUCACUCUAUGAAAAUGACUGCAUUUUUGACAAAUUUGAAUGCUGCUGGAAUGGAUCAGACAGUGUCAUCAUGACAGGCUCCUACAACAACUUCUUCAGAAUGUUUGAUAGGAACACAAAACGGGAUAUUACUUUAGAAGCCUCCCGUGAAAACAAUAAACCACGCACCGUUUUGAAACCCCGCAAAGUCUGCGCGAGCGGCAAAAGAAAGAAGGACGAGAUCAGCGUCGACAGCUUAGACUUCAACAAAAAGAUCCUCCACACUGCCUGGCACCCGAAGGAGAACAUCAUUGCUGUAGCCACUACAAACAACUUGUAUAUAUUUCAAGACAAAGUGAAUUAGGGCUAGUAUUUCUAGCAGAGGAGUCCACUUCCUGCAUAGUUCAGAUAGAUUGAACCUAGCAUUUGUACUUGUAAACAAUAGAAGGGAGAAAACUGAGAGCAGGAGAGCAACAGGGAGAGAGAGCACAAGAGAGAUGGAGAUGUCUUUGGUGGCACACUUUGCCCAGUGUUUAAAAAUGUGCCAUAUUGACAACCUAUUCUUCUAGAUAGCUGUAUGGGCAAUGGCUCUGCUGAGGAGUGCUCCAUGUCUGCUAGCCAUUUAGGUGAGUUUAGGGCACCUUUUUUUUAACGUAAUGACUACUUGCACCAUCUUGCCUAAUGGACUAGAGAUUGGACUGUUGAUCGACAUUUGAUUCCACCGGGUUUUUUUAAUGCCUUCCAUUGUGACAAUGACGUCUACCACCGGGGGGAAGAAAGCCUUCAAGUCAUGCUGUGGGAGUUAACUGUGUAACCUCAUUACUGUAUUAUUUGUGGCCCUUGUUAUUAUGAAAUAACAGCUCAUUCCUGCUGUGGCUUGUAGCAUUCCUCCCGUGCCUCCUGGACUCCUUUCCCCCUUUUUGAAAGAUCCCCUUGCUCCCCAGCCCUGUGGUGGUGGUGUAUUGAGAGAAAGAGACGAAAAGCACACAAAAUGGGUCAGUGUUCAAAGGGGUCUGUGUUGCAAAGAACAAAAAAAAUGUUUUAAUGAAUUGUUGACUGUAAUCACUCCUUGCCAUGUCUGGCAGUAAAAAUGGGGCGGGGUGGGUGCUACAAGGGGGAAAAAUCUACUGAAUAAAAGUGUCAAAGAAUAGUGCAUUUGUUUUUUUAUUUUUUUCCCUUUUUAAUCUACCUCUUUUAAGAAUUUCUUCAUUUGUUAAAACUUGUAAUUGCAUGGUGAUUUUCAAUGUUUUCGUAUUCGGUUUUAUCCAGUAUUCUUUUACACGAGGAAAGGGAAAAGGAGGCUAUUAAAAAUAGUAGUAAUAAUAAUAAUAAUAAUAAUAAUAAUAAUAGAUUUUCAAUGUUUUCGUAUUCGGUUUUAUCCAGUAUUCUUUUACACGAGGAAAGGGAAAAGGAGGCUUUAAAAAAUAGUAAUAAUAAUAAUAAUAAUAAUCCUUUACGAAAAUGUUCAAAUGUCAAUUUAGUAUUUAUCGAUAGUUUCCAACUAAAAAGCUUCCGGGUUCUGCUAUAAUAAUAAACGACGAUUCUUUGAUAUUGUAUCAAGAAACCUUCCCUACUCCUGCCUUUUUCUCUUGCUAACAGAUUUCCAUCUCAAUACGGGCAGGAUGAAUUUUGUAGAACACAACUACGGUUUUAUGGGACUCACCUUUUACCUAUGUAAACUCCUUUGUCCUAAUUUUGAAUGCCUUGUUAGAAUUCAGGCUCACAACUGUGUUUUUCUUUUUUUUUUAAUAAAAAAGUCAUUAAAAUUCAUUUUUUAAAAACAAACAGGAUGUCUUGUUGAAGGCUUUCAUGGCCGGAAUCACGGGGUUGUUGUAGGUUUUUCCGGGCUAUAUGGCCAUGUUCUGGAGGCAAUUUUUCUCCUGACGUUUUGCCUCACUACCUCUGAGGAUGCUUGCCAUAGAUGCAGGCAAAACGUCAGGAGAAAAAUUGCCUCCAGAACAUGGCCAUAUAGCCCGGAAAAACCUACAACAACCCAAACAGGAUGUCUUAUAAAACUUAAUAUAAAGUGAUUGAAAAAUGACACUGCAUUCUUGAGUUACCCCUAUAUUUUGUGUAUUUUUGUUGCUAUCCGUUACUUAAAUGGAAA